UCCUCACAAAACGGUUUGAGACCCACUGAGAUAACUUAGACUAAAGUUAACUAUCUAAACACUCAGAGAGUCCUUAAGCUCACCUGAGUCCCUCAGUCUUAUAUCCGUUAGUGCAGUUAGCUAAACAGAUGCUAACAACACGGUCCCUGGCACCGGUGAGCUCUCUCUCUCGCUCGCUUAAUCACACUAAAUGUGCGCCUGCCACACACACACAGAGCCGAGCUUGAAUGAAACACAGAGACCCAGAAGUACUUGUUCUGUGGCAUAUUUUUUUUCGAAUCAAUCAUUUUUCAAAUUAUGAAUUUCACAGGUAAAAAUAAAAAAAGACACAUACAGUUCUUGGCGGUGCUUGGGGGGUGCUAUGGAUAUCCUAUAGGGGCGGCCUAUUGGCCAUUGGGAAUACCGGGAGUUUUCCCGGUGGGCCGGUACCAAAGUGGGCCGGUCGGACAAUUCACUAGCAACCCCCGUCCCCGUUGACAUUUGACUAGCGGUACCGACUACCGAGUUGGGCCGGUCGGCAGGUCGAGUUUCCCGGGCUGAUUUUUAGUCCCAGUCCGCCCCUGUGUAUAGUUGACGGAGCAUUUUUACUGUUAGAACACUGUUCAACACUUCAUUCUGCUUCACUCUUUAACUAAACAACCUCUUUAACUAAACAAAAUCUUUUUUGAAGACAUCCGCGUUCUUGUAAUGCGUAAAUACUACACUUGGUGCGGACUGCGUUCACACCAGCGAUGAACCGCUCCUGAGUUAACUAGCAAGCUCUCCGAGACCACCUCUUUUAGCGGACCAGAGUCCGGUUGUUUAGUUCACUUCAGAGGUCUCGGACUGCGUUCACACCGACCCAAACGAACUGCACCAACCGGCUAAACGCACCAGGGUUCGAUUCAACCGAACUAUAAAAGGCUGGUGGUGUGAAUGUAGUUUCUUUAUUUACACAUAAAAAAGAAAAAGAUACAAUGUAUAAUUUUCAACUUGAGGGAGAAAUGCAUUCUGGCCUUCACUUGGUAGGAUUAUUAGAAAAUAGUUACGCCAUCAUAAUAAAAAUUAUUUGUAUUUAUCAAAUAAAAAAAAUGAGACAAAGUUCAGUAUUAUAUUACAAUUCCAUUAAGCAUCCCAUAAACACCCAUCUGUUCCACGAGUUGAAUAGAUCAGUCAUAGUCAUCAUAACACACACAAACAAGCAUGGUAUGAACAAACACCUUUAUUAACACUCGGAGCAUGCACUCAUGUGAUAUAGUGAGAAUCUUCGUUACCAGGAAGUAUAAAGGAGAAAACAAAGCAAGCCGUAGUCAUGAUAGGCCUUUAGACUGAAAGAUGAAGGAAAACAUUGCUGGGACCAAGCUUAUAAAAGGAGUCCAAAUGGAAGAUAUUGGUUAGUUAGAAUGACUUAUUUUGCUUAGAACUUAAUUAUCUUUUCAAUUUCUGUGUGUGCACAAAAGGAAGUCUCUUUUUUAAAUACGGUAGUAUUAUUUAAUAACACAAACGCACACACAUCACUUGUAAAUAGUUUCACCUAUGGGGAGAACAUCACACACACUCACAUGCGCACAAAAACACACAUUUGAAUAUCAUGUGGCAGCUGCCCUUUAAUGUGGAAAUGUCAAUAUGCCACUAAAGGAUAUCGUAACACACACACACACUCACGUAUACACACUCACACACCACUACAGUUAAUUAUUCUGCCUGGAGCCACAAUGGAUUGUCUACGCAGGAUAUGAGUCACGCUGCCCUCACAGUAGCACACACACUAUAUCAAUGAAUGCACAUUCACCCUGUUUGUAAAUCAGGCGCUUUUGAAAGGUGUUUUAUCUUCUGCUGGUUUAAAAAAAAAAAAGUCUAUUCUGUAACAAUCCUGUGUGUCCGUCUAACGCGGGCGGGUUGUGACUCGUUGUUAAUGUUUGGAGACUAUGCAGACCUGCGUGUUCAGACGUGAGUCACCAUCACAGGUCAGCAGAGCUUUUAGAUCUCUGUAAUGUGCGCUGGUCUGUGAGCUGACACACUGACGUCCGAGCAACACGGUGGAACGCUCCCUGACUCCAUUCUGUUGGUUUAAGAGAUCCGGAUAGAGAGGAAUAUAGGGGCUUUGUUUCUGCUUGGCAAACAUUGUUUUAAUCAGCAAGGACACACAAGAGCAAUGUGUAAUAUUAAACAAGAGGAACAGCUGGAGGCUUUACGUAGUUUGUUUGUUGUGUUGAUUACCCAAUUUAACAAAAAGACAAUGAAAGAGGCCCUGUUGUGUUCUUUGGAGUAUUCCCUUUCCUGUGUUUUUGUAAAUGGUCUUCAAAGGCUAAAAUCCCAAAGUUCCCUCUAGACGGAGUUUCUCCUAUUGAUUUCAAAUUAAAUGUUUUAAUUAAAAACACUUAAAACCCUGUUUUAAUCAGUAACCCGUUAAGGGGAGCCUUGAACCACAGUUUUGAAAUAGCUCAAUACAUUUUGAUCCGAGAACCAAAAUAGUAUAACUAAUAAGUCAAAUGCACUACUGCACAUGGAAAAGAACAUUACACUCUGAUGUAACACAAGUUACUGUAAACUGCGAUCAAAGUGACCUCAGUGUCGUGACAACACACAAUCCAAGGAAGUCAUUGUUACAAACCACACACACAAUCACACACACACACACUCAUGAUUGGUUUAGUCAUGCAAUCAUUGUUGCAAUUUGUGUGUUUGUGAGGGCGCGACUCCAUGUUACUUUAUGCUUUUGCUUGUUGUUUGGGCAAAGGUGAGACGAUCUAAUAUGUGUGUAUCCGUAACAACUCUGCACACACUCAAGCUUGUGUGUUUGUGAGACUGUGAGAGAGCUGCCGUUUGGAUUGUGCAGUGAAUCCCUCUCUCCCUCACUAGCACAUGACGUGAAUUGCUCCAUAUGGCGUGGUGACGUACUUCCUAGUCUCUCUCUUUCUCUCCCCUGUCCUCCCCGAGGCUUUAUAGGCAGCAGUUAACCGUGAAAGGGCAUUCUUUUAAACAAAUACACAUCUGUUUCCAGUUUCAGAGAAAACCUUUUCAGCUCAGACAGGAAACCUAAACCAGUAAACAAACCUUGUCUGUAAAAAGGGUAUUACCGGUGUUUAAAAGGAGGCAUUCAAAACAAACUCUGUUCAGAGUGGACAUAGCCGUGGACAUGAUGGACACUAUUGUGUGUCCGAUGGGUGGGGGGGCCACCAGGCUGUACAGCGCCCUGACUGCGCCCCUCAGCAGCUCUCCUCUCCCCCCGCCUGCAGUCACAAACCUGGAUCCAGCAUUCUGUCAGAAGGGGGCCCCUGUGUGUCCCGCAGAGCUGCUCAGACAGUGUGAGGAGGCCCUCAGGGGCCGAGCGCCUCGCUUCCACAGGAAGUUCACUCAGCUGCAGGAUGGAGGCGGCGCCCCCAGCAGCUCCAUCAGGGUGAUGCAGUGGAACAUACUGGCCCAAGCUCUUGGCGAGGGGCUUGACAGCUUUGUCCAGUGUCCCCCGGAGGCCCUCAGCUGGUCCCGCAGGAAGUACCUCAUCUUAGAGGAGAUCCUCACCUACCGCCCUCACAUCCUGUGUCUGCAGGAAGUGGACCACUACUACGACACCCUCCAGCCGGUCCUCGCAGGCCUGGGCUACAGCAGCAACUUCUGCCCCAAGCCCUGGUCCCCCUGCCUGGAUGUGGAGGGCAACAACGGCCCCGACGGCUGCGCGCUGUUCUACGACGAGUCGCGUUUUGAGUUUCUGGACAGCGUCAACCUCCAGCUCUCCACCAUGAGGAUUCCAACCAAUCAGGUCGCCGUGGUGACGAUGCUGCGCUGCCGUAGCUCGGGGAGAUGUGUGUGCGUGGCAGUGACCCACCUGAAGGCUCGCUCCGGCUGGGAGUGGCUCCGCAGCGCGCAGGGCUCCGACCUGCUGAGACACCUCCAGACUCUGGUCCAGAAACACGCCCACGACUCUGCAGGCGCCCAGACUCUGGACAUUCCUCUGCUCAUAUGUGGAGAUUUCAACGCCAUCCCGACUGAGGAGGUGUACCGACGUUUCGCCGCAUCGCCUCUUGGUUUGGACUCCGCCUACAAGAGGCUCAGUAAGGACGGUUCCACUGAGCCGGAGUACACAACGUGGAAGAUCCGUCCUACGGGUGAGUGCUGCGCAACCCUGGACUACAUCUGGUACAGUCGGGACACACUGAGGGUGGACGCAGUUUUGGACAUGCCAACAGAGGAACAGAUUGGGCCCAACAGGCUUCCGUCCUUUAGCUAUCCGUCCGACCAUCUCUCUCUGGUUUGUGACUUCAGCUUGAAGGAGGAGGAGUGAGGUGAAGCAGAAGAUGAAGAGAAACUGUGGCUCCUGGUUGGCUUCUCUCCACAAGAAAGCUUCAGGAUGUGACGCCACGUGGGAGCGAUGAUGGAGACGGACACGGAGAACUAGAGGGGAGGUUGGGAAUUGCAACUGGAAUUGAAAAGUCUGAUCACUUUACACGCAGAAGUUGCGGAGAUAUACACUGCAAAAAAAUGCAGAUGCAAAUCUACCUCCCCAAAGUGUAACACUAUGCGAUAUCUGCACCAGGUUACUGACCUGGACCUUCAUCAGUACUGAAACACAAAUAAAAAAAUGUACCAGUAUUGACGAUACCGGUGAUAUUGAAAUAGUAUUGGAUGGUGAUUGUUCUUGCAUUUAUAUUGUGCCUUUAUAGUCCUCCUACCACUCAAUGCGCUUUAACACUACCCAUUCACACGCUAAUGGCAGAUCGAGCCACACACCGAUGGCUAUAUCUUGGGGGGAUUUGGGGCCCAAGGACACUUCCACAUGUGGAUUUAAAGAGCCGGAUAUUGAAACUGUCACACACAAAGGACUGUAACUUCAUUACCAAAAAAGAGAAAAUACAAUAAAAUGUAAAGAGGAA